GUCUCCGGCAGCCAUAUUGCUUACAGGAGCAAAUUCUGGAAAGCUAGAAGAGGAAAAGGAUUUAAAGUUGAUUUAUAUCUCCACGACUUGAUACACCCAAACUACAUAGGACACAAUGGAGCCGUCAGCCAGUCCGGCCAAAGAUAACUACAGGAUGAACCGCUACAAGAACAAGGCACUGAACCCAGAGGAGAUGAGGCGCAGGAGAGAGGAGGAGGGCAUCCAACUCAGGAAACAGAAACGAGAACAACAGCUUUUCAAGAGGAGGAAUGUGGACAUUCUCAAUGAAGAGGAGGCCAUGUUCGAGAGUCCUCUGGUGGACUCCUACCUCAGCUCUCCAGUAACAGAAGGAGUCAUUACCAGAGACAUGGUUGAGAUGCUUUUCUCAGAGGACCCAGAGCUUCAGCUCGCUACAACACAAAAGUUCAGAAAACUACUUUCCAAAGAGCCAAACCCACCAAUUGAUGAAGUUAUAAACACACCUAGAGUAGUGGAGAGGUUUGUGGAGUUCUUGAAGAUGAGUGUCAACUGCACACUACAGUUUGAAGCAGCUUGGGCACUGACCAACAUAGCAUCGGGCACAUCCAUGCAGACAAAAACAGUGAUUGAGGCUGGAGCAGUGCCAAUCUUCAUUGAACUACUUAAUUCCGACUUUGAAGAUGUCCAAGAACAGGCUGUGUGGGCCUUGGGGAAUAUUGCAGGGGAUAGUGCAGUGUGCAGGGACUACGUGCUGAACUGCAACAUCCUUCCACCCCUAUUAAUGCUUCUGACCAAAUCCACCAGAUUGACCAUGACUAGGAAUGCAGUGUGGGCUCUGUCUAACCUCUGCAGAGGAAAAAACCCUCCACCUGCGUUUGAAAAGGUGUCACCCUGUCUGCCAGUGCUGUCCAGGCUUUUAUUUAGCAGUGACCCAGACUUGCUGGCAGACGCCUGCUGGGCCCUGUCCUACCUCUCCGACGGCCCCAAUGACAAGAUCCAAGCUGUCAUCGACUCCGGCGUCUGCAGGCGUCUCGUAGAACUACUCAUGCACACUGACUAUAAGGUGGCCUCCCCUGCCUUGAGAGCUGUAGGAAACAUUGUCACUGGAGAUGACAUACAAACACAGGUGGUGUUGAACUGCUCAGCCCUGCCCUGUCUGCUGCACCUUCUCAGCAGUGCUAAAGAGUCCAUUCGCAAAGAGGCCUGCUGGACCAUCUCAAACAUCACAGCAGGAAACCGAGCACAAAUACAGACGGUAAUUGAUGCCAACAUCUUCCCAGUGCUGAUCGACAUUCUACAGAAAGCCGAGUUCAGAACCAGGAAAGAGGCAGCCUGGGCCAUCACUAACGCCACCUCUGGAGGAACACCAGAACAGAUCAGAUAUCUGGUGAACCUGGGCUGCAUUAAGCCCUUGUGUGAUCUGCUGACGGUGAUGGACUCAAAGAUCGUUCAGGUAGCUCUCAACGGGCUGGAGAACAUCCUGAGGCUGGGCGAGCAGGAGGCCAAGCAGGAGAACAAUGGCACUGGAGUUAACCCUUACUGCAGCCUCAUUGAAGAAGCCUAUGGUCUUGACAAGAUAGAGUUCCUCCAGAGCCACGACAACCAGGAGAUCUACCAGAAGGCCUUUGACCUAAUCGAGCACUACUUUGGGGUGGAGGACGAGGACAACAGUCUAGCCCCUCAGGUGGACCAGGCCAACCAGCAGUUCCUUUUCCCCCAGCAGGAGGCCCCCAUGGAGGGCUUCCAGCUAUAAGUCAGCACCCUUCUCUAGAAUUCACCAUUUACCCCCUUCCAUACCUCCCAAUCUCAUGGAGGGCCCCUAGAUGCCCGAGUCAUACUUCUAUGCCCUGUUCCCUGACCUGCCAUCACACCCCCGCCACCGCUACCAUCACCACACACACACACCCCCUUUGGAGGAAAACUAAAACUGUCCCGCUCUCCAGCCUAAAAGUACCCCUCUUUCUUCAUUCUCCUCAACCAGUGGACUGACUUCUUGCAGGGCAGACUCAUGUGAUACCUGGCCAAGGGGAGCGCGCCACACAAACUCCAUUACCCGUAGAAGAGGAAGUGAUCCCAAAGUGUGAGUCUGCCCUGGCUUAAAACGCACACACCGACAUCUUCCUGCCAUUUGAUAGCUCUUAGAUUCUCUCAUUGGCAGUAACGAUGGUUUGUUUGUUUUUGGUCUUUAUAUACACUUUCAUUUCUUUUCCAAUGGGACAUUCCUAUUUUCUGGAUAACCCAAGCAUCCACAAGUCCACAGACUGGGGUGCAUGAGGUGAAAUAUGCCUAGCUCUUGAUGUCAGAUUGACUUAGUACAAUUCAAAGAUGAAACCAACUCGUAACAUGAUCCCUUUUUGUUUUAGGAUUAUUUUCUCCCAAAACCUGAUUUACUGCUCCUUUUUUUUUUUUUCCUUUUUCUUGAUUGGCUUAGGGCUGGACUGCUGAUCUGUAUAGGGGGGUUCAGAUGCACAAAUGUCCACCCAAAGUCGAGGGCUUUCUACUACCCUGAGUCUGAUGCGUGAUCUUUUUUUUUUCUUCAAUCUAUUGACUUUUUUUUUACAAGUGGGACAAAUUUCAGGGGGGAGGGUUGAGGUGGGAUGAAGUGUAAAAAUAGGAAUUUAGGGAAGGCUCUGAAUGGGAUAGUGGAAAAGGGAUUGGGUUUUUAGAGGAUUUGUUUAAAGGUCUAUGAAAAAAAAUAAUCCAGGUGUUGAGGGUGGUAUAGUUAGAGAUCCUAUGUUCGUCGUGUGCUGUGUUAUUAAUAACAAUACAUUUGAAAUAUGAAGUGAUCUAACUAUUAAACGAGGCAUGGCUGGGGGUUCAGGGGGAAAAGAGCUGGCGGCAGCAGCAGCAAACCGAGCUUAUUUUUAUAUUGAAAUGAAUUCAAGGGAUUGCAGAUGUUUAAAGUAGGGUGAAAUACCACUUGCAGUAGAGACAUGUCAUGGAACAUUUAUAGUUUGGAUUUCUUUUUUUCUUUUUUAUUUCAUUGGAGCCCAGUGUAAACGGGUUGCUGCUGGUUAGCUAGGCCCUGUGGUCCCCCCCCCCCUCCCCAGAUGUAUGUGGUAGGGAUUUUGCAUGGUGUUAUAUUACCCUGCCUACAGUCACUGAGUAUCCCUGGCCAAACACACAGUUGCCAAAGAGAGACAGAGAACAGUGUGAAGAGAAGCUGUGAGACAUUGCUCUACACUGUUCAGCAUUUGGAGUUUAAAACAAAAAAAAACAGGAACUGUGCCACAACUAAUUGGUUUGGUGAUGUAAACAGUGAUAGUAUAGUGGCAGUGGUGGUGUUUUGUAUAGUGAUAGAGUUGAUAUAUAACCCUUGGCUUUCUAUAUCACUAUAUCUUUGAGGAAUGGGAAUAACAGCUGUCAAUGAUUUUGCAUGGGUCCAUUGUGAUAUGUGUAGGUACUGAUGUAAAUAGCCUAUCCUCUGCCUGGCUAGGAGAGUCUACGCCGCUUCUUUGUCCCCUCGUGGGUCUAAUAACAGCAAGAGUUUGGCUAGGGAUAUAUCUCAAACAAGUGACAAGCCUAACUGCAACAAAAAAUUCAAGUAUAAAUAUAUAUUUGAAUUUUGAUGUACUUGCAUUAUAUAUAUAUAUAUAUAUUUGCGCACACUUCAUGCACACUUGCAUACAACACCAGCAGACACUGUACACACACCUCACACAGAUGAGUGGCUAGUAGCAAGUAAAAUAGUUUCCAUGGUCUUUUGGAAUGAAAAAAAGUAGCUAUUCUUUUUAUUUUUGCCAUUUUUGGCUGUUUGUUUUUUCAGAGCACUUAGUAUAUUUUCUUUAUUUAUGAAAAUGCUGCCCUUGGUUCAGUUUUAAUGGAGAUUAUUUUCUGUUUUAAUUGAGACAAUGGAAAGAGAUGUUCCUUGAAUUCUAAAGUGACUCAGAGCACACUUAAGUCUUAUGGAAACUUUUUUGUUUGUUUGUUUCUAGCCACGUGACUUACGAUGGUUUAUAUUAGCCACGUAAACCCUAACCCCGGAUCGGCUCUGCCCGUGACAGAAGCUGAUCUUGGAUCAGAGUUUAGGCUUUGUGGAUAGAGCAGAACUGUGGUUGUGUGAUGUUUGACUGACAGGCACUGUGUAAGGAAGAGGUUGAUUGACUCUAUGACUAUGUCCCCAUCAGAGUCUAGGAGCCCCUGUUCUGUGGAUUACUGAAACAGCCCUAACAUUUAAUCAUGGACCCGUUAACAGAAUUAUGUUUACUCUCAACAAAAAUAUGUUGCAUAUCCUCAGAUUUAUUACUUUAUUCUUUACAAAAAACAAUUUCCUUUUUAUAUGAUAGGACAUCUUUUUGGAUGGACAGACUUGGAUGUUUCCAUUUGGGUUGUUUCAGUAUUACAUUUUUACACAUGCCUUUUAACUUCCUUUGUCAGUGCAGAUUAUUAUAUGACAUGCAAGGGUUUACGCGUUAAUUGGCAGGGGAACAUAUGUUAGUGAGGCUCUCUGUUUUUGCUUUCAUGAGUUUAAGAUGUUAUCCACAGAACACGUGCGCUCCUAGUAAGAGUUUAAAUCAUGAAUAAUUGAGCAUCAAGAACUUACUUCUACACGACAGAUGUGUAGAGCAGCAUUUAUACCUGAAGUCUUCGAUUUCAUGGCCAAUUCUGUGCUUGGCCGACAAAUAAUGCCAGAAUUGCAAUGUUUAAAAAAAAAAAAAAAAAAAAAAUGAAAGAAAAAAGAAUCGGUGAGUCGACCAGGAAAAAUAUUUAUAUUUCUGAAAACUGAAAAUGCACUCCUAUUCACAAAAGUGCCAAUCCGACCAACAAAGACUGGAGGUUCUUCUGUAUCUGUCUUUGACUUACAGAUUAUUUUUCUUUAUAUCUUUUAUUUACUUGAAUGUGCACACAUUUUGUGCAGAACAUUGCUGCUCUAUUUUCCUUAUCUUUAGAGUUACAUUAUUUGCCAUUGUUUCUUUGGAAAAAGUGGCAUUCUUUACUGUGGGCACCUAAAUAAGGAAUUGAAUUAAGGCAGUGUAAUUGUCUGGGGGGGAAAUUACUUGACUAAUUGCAUAAAACUGGUCUUUCCAGCUACUUGUUGUCCAUUGGUUUGAUAGUCCCCACUAUUGCAGUCUUCUAAUGGUUUUCACUGUGCAUAGCUAAGCUACAAAAUGUUUUGGAAUCAGAGAAUUGAUUUCAUGUGGCAAAUACAGUAGAGUAUAAUAUUUAGCAUUUUCAUGAGGUCACAGCCUGUAGCCUGCACCCCUCUUUGUUCAAAAAGAAACUCUGCACAGACUGAAAUAUUGUAGUACUUAGAUUUGGCACAUGAUGCAAAUUGAGGAAACGUAAGCGACUAUCAUAGGAGACAAUUGCAGGUACUAACCUUAUUGUCGUAGUUUACCAAAGUGUUGUCGUCCUGAAGGCUGGUUGAAAUUAUUUACUGGAUGUUUUUGUUCUCAAUAAUUUAUCGAAUUGGCUUGUGUUGACCCAGUCAGUACGACUGAGAGAUUGCUUCAGGUCAUUUAUAACUUGCUUCUUUUCAUUAGAAGCUGCAAUAGCUCAGUCCCUUUUUUUUUUAAAGUUCAAGUACUGUUUAGGGAGUUUAUAAAAUCUGCAAAAUAAUCCUGAAGACUGCAAUAAAUAUUGUCCCAAAUCAGGCACCCCAGAGGCAAAGAUCCACCUACAAACUGCUCUCACAGGUGACACUCCUUCCACUGGGUGGAGCUUACAGAGGCAACUACUUGACCUUUUUCUAAGAUAAAAGAUCUGGGAUUCAGAAAUUGUGCAGUGAUUUACAUUAAAAAGUAUUAUAAGUUAAACUAUAUGUAUGUUCUGAUACAUUGACAGGGAUUCAGAUGCAAUUCUAAUCACUUCUGAGAAGUGGCGAAAAAAGCCUCAUUAGAACACGUCACAGGAAAAAAAGGACAAUAAAAUAGGAGGUGUGGAUACAAGCCUUUUCUGCUUUUUCUUGAUCUUUUUCCUGAUCAGGAUAUUCUGGGCUAUAUUUUUGGAUAAUUGUGUUUAGAGUAAAAGUUUGUCCUAGUCAGGCUGCAUGAUCAGGAACCUUGUUAUCUAUAGGGGAAUGAACAGACAUCACUAAAUAUCUCAAAUCUGACUUGUCUUCCGUCCUAGAAGCUGUUCAUGUCUAUAUCAAAAUCUAAAGCCAUGCUUGGCUUGGUCAAGUAAUGUUGUCUACGCUACAAAUGUUUACAAUGCUACAUGUUUGUAAAAUACUUUUCAUUUGCCAUCACUGACCAGUCCUGGUGUAUUCUCUGCUCUGGUCCUCUCAUUUCUUUUACAUGUAUUUAUUUUCUCUAUUCUUGUUUAUGAUUUUUCAUUUGCUCAAAAUUACCCAUCUUAAACUGUGACUUGACUUGACUUUACCGACGGUAUGAAUGAGUGACGACAAACUAAUACACUUCAACUGAACAUGACACACAAACAUGAACAUGAAAAAAAUGCAUACAGGAAACAGCAACAAUAUUAAAAAUGUAAAGAAAAUAUGUUUAAAAUUGUUCAGUGGAAAUACUGUACAAAACAAAUAAAGUUAUGUUGCAACCCUUUAA